GGACAAGUUGCUGGUGUCAGAACCUGCUUGUUGACUGUCCUGGAGCAGUGACAGCUCUCUCCAGAAAAUUAAGGAACUAAAAGUUAUUUUCUGACGCAGGGAAGUUAUACAGGAAGUUAGGGACUGUUUUGCAACCGCUUGUGUUGGUUUGUGCAAAGAGAGGAAAGACCCUGAGAUUUGUUUGUUCACUCUGAGGUGAUGGAGGACGAGAAAAGCCCAGGGAGAGUUCCUCUGGUUGAGGAAACCAAGGUGAAGCUGCUUUACGACACCGAGGCGUCACUGGAGCACGAUGGCAACGUCGACUACGGCGUUACGGGGUCAAACUCCAUCUACUCUGCCAUCCUGAGCAGAAAUGAGGCCGUCAAAGAUGCGACGCGUCUGAAGACCUUCUUGGAGCUGCGAGACAAGUACGUGAAGAAGAACGUUGUGUUCGAAGACCCCCUGUUCCCUGCAAACGACUCCUCGCUUUUUUAUAGUCAGAAGCCUUUGAUGAAGUUUGAGUGGAAACGUCCCUCGGAAAUCUGUGAAAACCCUCAGUUUAUUGUGGACGGAGCCAACAGAACAGACAUCUGUCAAGGAGAGCUGGGUGACUGCUGGCUGCUCGCUGCCAUCGCCUGUCUGACUCUGAACGAGAAGCUGCUGUACAGAGUGAUUCCUCCGGAUCAGAGCUUCACUGAAAAUUACGCCGGGAUCUUCCACUUCCAGUUUUGGCGUUAUGGCGAGUGGAUCGAUGUGGUGGUGGAUGAUCGCAUCCCCACCUGCAACAACCAGCUGGUUUUCACCAAAUCCUUCAGGAAGAACGAGUUCUGGAGCGCUCUGCUGGAGAAAGCCUAUGCAAAGUUGCACGGCUCGUACGAAGCACUAAAAGGGGGGAAUACUCUGGAGGCCAUGGAGGACUUUACCGGCGGAGUUACUGAGUAUUUUGAGUUGCCUGAGGCGCCGGCGGACCUCUACAGCAUCAUGAAGAAGGCCCUGCAGAGAGGCUCGCUGAUGGGCAGCUCCAUAGAUGUUUCUUCAGCCAGCGAACUGGAGUCUCGGACUGAGCAUGGGCUGGUUAGAGGUCACGCCUACUCCAUCAUCGCUCUGGAGGAGUGUGACGAAGUUGCAAAGGACACCAAAAUUCGCCUGAUUCGAUUGCGCAACCCCUGGGGUUGGGUGCUCUGGAAGGGACCCUGGUGUGCCAACUCGAAGGAGUGGUCGACCAUCUCCACUGCAGACAGGGAGAAUCUGAAGAAACAGACCGUAGAGACGAGUGAGUUCUGGAUGUCCUUCGAUGAUUUCAAGAAGAUCUUCACUAAGCUGGAGAUGUGCAACCUGACGCCUGACACGCUGCAGGAAGACGAGAGGCACAGCUGGACGGUGUCGGUCCACGAGGGUCGCUGGGUGAGAGGCAGCUCUGCCGGCGGCUGCAGGAACUUUCCAGACACGUUUUGGACGAAUCCUCAGUAUCGGCUUCAGCUGUACGAGGAGGAUGACGACCCUGAGGACGGGCAGGUGGUCUGCACUGUCGUCGUGGCUCUGAUGCAGAAAGGACGGAGGAUGCAGCGCCAUAAAGGCCUCAAGUUCCUCACUAUUGGAUUUUCCAUCUAUGAGGUGCCAAAAGAGUCAGAAGGGCAGGAUCAACAUCUGCAGAAAGACUUUUUCCUCUACACGGCCUCCAAAGCCAAAUGCAAGUCCUACAUCAACCUGCGGGAGGUGACGGAGCGUUUCCGACUUCCCCCUGGCACGUAUGUCAUCGUCCCCACCACCUACAAUCCCCAUGAUGAGGGAGAGUUCAUCCUCAGGGUCUUCUCUGAGAAGCAGAACACAUCUGAAGAGGCAGAGACCACCAUCGACCAAACGCAGCAAGACAAGAAAAUGAAGAGCAAGCCCAUUGUGUUUGUGUCGGACAGAGCGCGGGCCAACAAAGAAAUCGAGCACGACGGCAUUCAGGGGGAGAAGAAGAAAAGACCCAAGCUGCUACAACCUGAGGAGACCGAAGAGGAAAAAAACUUCAGGGUUAUUUACAAACAGAUUGCCGGUGAGGACAUGGAGAUCUGUGCGAAUGAGCUGAAGACCAUCAUGAACAACGUCCUUUCCAAACAUAAAAACAUAAAGACCGAAGGGUUCAGCCUGGAGACGUGUCGGAGUAUGAUCGCCUUGAUGGACACAGAUGGAUCCGGGAAGCUGCACUUCCAGGAGUUCAAACAUUUGUGGAAAAAGAUCAAAGAGUGGCAGCUCAUCUUCAAACACUUCGACAAAGACAAGUCGUCCAUCAGCAGCUUCGAGAUGAGGAACGCGGUCAAUGCUGCAGGGUUUCACCUGAACAAGCAGCUGUACGACAUCAUAGCCAUGCGCUACGCAGACGAACGCCUCAACAUCGAUUUCGACAGUUUCAUCUGCUGCUUCGUCAGACUCGAGGGCAUGUUCAGAGCUUUUAAUGCUUUCGAUAAAGAUGGAGACGGAUUAAUUAAACUCAAUGUCCUGGAGUGGCUUCAGCUGACCAUGUACUCGUAGAUCAUUUCAUCCAGGACAGCGGCUCACUUGACCCCACAUUUGUUGUGACGUUAAAAUUAUGGUUUUGCACCUGGAAUGUGACUAAAGAUAGAGUUACGGAUUGUAAAUGAAAGCUUUUAAGUUAUUGUUUUUAAUUCUGGUUUAAUAUUUGGACUUCUGUCAAAGCUUUGAGCUGAAACAACCGGUACUCAGAAAAUAUUUACAGAGUCAGAACAGAUAAGAGGGCAGCCUAUGUGUCGUAAACAUGUUUAAAGUGUCUUCUGCUUAAAAAUUUGAGAUAAACUUAUACAUUUUAAUAUUUUAUUGCUGUACACAUACAGUAGGUUUUAAAUUAAACAUACUGCACAGAAUUAAAUACAAAAACUGAGGCAGAACCUUAAAAGUUUGUCUUGGAAUAAUUUGAUCUUAAAUGUGAAAAAAAAGUAAAUUAUAAAGACUAUAAAUAAAAUAUCAAUUAAUGAAAAACAGAGUUAAUCAAAUUCUUUUUGUAAAAGAACUUAACGGCUUGAAAGUUGAGGCUUCUCCACCAAGUUUAAUCUUUGAUGGCAGUGUUGCAUUGUGGGUAAUGUAGGCGCUAGUUUAAGUAGCAUCAAAGAAAUAUGGGAUAUCUGCAUCGAGUCUGAUGUCCUCCUCUUUUAUGUUUCAGUCCAUUCAUUCUUUUGAUUUCACACAUAAACUCCUCUAACCUGUGGAUCAGAUCCUGUUUAAGCUGAUGGUAAAAUCUGCUUCUGAGCUCCAACGUGUUUGUGUCGGCGUUGCACUUUUGUAAAAAAUAUUCACAAUGAUUAGCUCCAAGCAUGAUUUAACACCAAUCAAAUCCUUUCGGUGAUUUUACUCAGUAACUUUGAGAAAAACAGACGGAUCCCAAAUUAGAGCAAUAACUUGUACAACUAUGAAACAGAAAACGGGUUAAAAUGCAAAUCGUGUACAAAUUAGGCGUUUUAGGAAAUCGCUGACGUUUGUUCCUGCCUGGUCUUGUGUACGUUUAAGAGCAAAGAGGAUGUGACUCUUCAAACAGCAACUCAGCAGGACGCAGUGUCUGUAAAACAAAAAAAUAAAACGACUUGUACACAAAAUGUUUCG